UCACCUCCUUAUAAGAUUCGUUUCCUGGGAUUUUUGAGAUUUAGUUUUCUAUUCCCAUCUCUCUUAAUUUUAAUAUCUUGCAGUUUUCGUAUUCCGUGGAUUAGAGAACAGAGUUCUGGGCUUUUGUGCCCUGUGGCUAUUGAGUUCCAUGUUCGUUUGCAAGCAAUGGAUCCCUCUACCACUCAAUCCAAUCCCUCAAUAGAAGAGCAGGAGGACGACUGGGACACUGAUGGUUUUGUGAUCCCAAGCUUGAGCAUUGGAGAUUCUGAUUCGAGCAAUCAGGCGGCACCAGAAGUAACAGAUGUUCAACUUCCUCCAAAGGUUAUAAAGGAACAGGAAAAGAUCUAUCUGGGUCCUCACGGCGCUCCACCAUCUCAAGCUAAGCAACACCAACUAGACUUGAACACUGGAGGAGGACGCAAACAGAGAUUUAAGCAGAAACUGAAUGAAGCUGAUCGCAGGUCUUCUGGUACUACUACUGGACGUGAGAAUAAGGUUGAAUACAUACGUGAUCUUGUUGGCAGCAGAAUCGGUAAUAAAACCACCACGGCUGAUGCCAUGAUGCAUCAAGCCUCGACUCGAGACUGGCUGGACCCACAUUGCCAUGAGUCUCAGUUUGAGAGGUAUUCGAAUUGAGAGUUCUUGGUUGAACUAUACUUUUAGAACUAUAUGUUUCUCCUUAUUGUAGUCGAUAAGAGCAUGCCCUUGUUAUAAUGAACCUUGGACUGCUAUUACUUCAGAGACUUGUCAAAGUACUUAUUAUUGAUGAUCUCCUCAAAUAUGAUAAGACAAUUAUAUAGGGGGCUUUCACAAAAUUCAUAUUCAAUCUUUUAUCUGUUUGAAAAAGUGUUAUAUA